AUGCUAUCAUUAAAAAAUUAUUUUGUCAAUUUAAAUAUAUAUGAAUCAUCGACUGAUUCAACAGCAACAGAUGAAGAAAAAGAAUAUGAACGUCGAUUAAAUAUUAUUUCAAGUCGAAUAUUUUUUAUUGUUUUUAUCAUCGUUCUAAUUGGACUUGUUAUCUUUAUAAAAACAAGAAAUCAAAAUACAUUUAUUAUAGUUGAAAAUCCUAAUGAAAAUCAAUUCAUAAAUUUACCAUCUGAUGCUCGUUGUUUAUGUUCUCGCGUAUCAAUAUCCUAUGGUAAAUUUAUUUCAAUUCAAACACGAUUUCAUCAGAUAUGUUCAAGUGAUUUUAUAUCUAAUCGAUGGAUUAAAGCAAUUCAUAUUGGAUUAAAUAUAACUUAUUUUUCUGCUUAUGAUUUUCGACCAGAAGUGAGUGCAAUGUUUAAAUCACUUGAAAGUUUUUGUCGACUUUCAAAAGAUUAUGCUAUUCAAAGUAUUGAUUCAUUUAAUAACAAUUUAUUUAUAAGUCAGGAAGUUUUAACAGAACCUGUAUUUCAAUCGCAAACAAAUUUUAUAAUUGAUCAAUUUCUACUAUCAUCACCGAUUGAUUUCUUAACAGAAUUAAAAUUAAUACAAAAAAUGAUAAUCGGAAAUCGUUUUGUAUCUGCUCUUCAGACUAAUUAUUACCAUUAUCUUGAUGCUUACACACAUAUCGAUUUUCAAAUUACAAUGUUCAAUCGAGUUUUCAGCAUGAUCAACAGAAUGGAUUAG